AUGCCUGGUUCUGGGAAGCAGCCCACCGAGAUCCAGGAGCAGAUCAAGGAGCUCCUCGAGGCUGGCUUCGAUCCGACGACUAUUCACAGGAGACUGAAAGUCGGCCGCAGUUCCAUCUACCGCAUGCGUCGAUGCCUCCAACAACAUGGCACGAACUACAUGCCCUCUGCGCUCGCCAAGAAAAACGGUAGACCGAAGGCGUUGACACCAGACCAGGAGAUUGAAGUAAAGGAGUGGCUCCAGGAUCCGAAGAACAGAAAUCGCUAUCUCGACGAUCUGGUAUGGCUCAUUCACGACCGCUUCGGAAUCGUCUGCAGCACCACAACCAUGUCGAAGUUGAAGCGGAAGUGGCUACGCGUUAUUGAGUACGAGGAGACCGGAACACCGAUUGACGACCUUACACGCUCGCAACUUAUGGAGACACACCCAGACUUGCCUCUUCUUCCAGAGCCGCAAGCGCCGCCCGCCCAGAUGUCAAAUACAAACGACAGCGCAUCGCCUGAGGCAGAGGUAGCGCCAGAUGUAACAGCACAGGAGAUACCAUCAGCCUCGAGUCACGAGCAAGCGACGGCCGGUUCUCAGCAGUCUCCUAUUCACCCCCAGCAGCAACAUUUCUCGCCCACUUUGCAGCAAACCUCAUCGCAACACCAGCAGUUCUUGCCCACCCAGCAGCACAUACCACAACAGCAAAUACCGCCGCCAGCACAGCAGUAUUCUCCUCUCCAACAGUUCUCCGCGAUCCACCAGCAGCAGCUCAGCUCAUCACAUCAAGCCUUCUUGCAGUCGCCCACGAUGCAAAUGCAAAUGCAGGCACAGAUGAUGGUGGGUGCGACACAAUUUCCUAUGGACCCGAACCAGUUGCCGCACGAGUUCCAGGCCGUUGGCGUUUUUUUGUCGAUCGUGGACAUCAGAGCGGCGAUCGUUGUGCAUGUCAGUUGUAUAGUAUGUGCAAUGCCAUCGUAUCGUGCCUGCCCGUCGUUCAGACUCGUAAGAGACCAGUCAUGGGUGUAUUUAGGUUUGUGGUGA